GAUUCUGACAGAACGUUUGAAAUUCAAAUCGUUAACAAACGGACCACUUAAAAAAAGAACGCAAAUCAUUUACUUUUAGUUAUAAUCACAGAAAUUCUAAUGACUUUUAAUCUUAGUGUUGUUAUUUCGCUCAACUAAAAUGUCAACGAGAUCAGGAAAACGAAUUCAUAGUUCGAUUGAAGAGCAUGUUGUAGAAAAUAUGUCCCAUUUAAAAAGCGAGAGAAACACUCGUAGUAAACUACAGAAGACAGCUCAUGAUUUACCGCUCACUGAGAAAAAACGAAAACAUUAUGUGAGAUAUCCUUCUGAAGAAGAAGUAACGAGUACUGAAAAUGGAAAUAUUGAGAUUACGGUCAAAAAUACACGCAAAUCUAGAAGACAUACACUCAAAGAGCAAAAUAAGCGUGUUACUGAUUCUGAAGCAACGGUUGACGUAAAAGCAGAGCGAUCGACUCGUGCCAAGAAAAUUAGUGUAAAAAAUGAUUUAGAUAACAUCGAAUUAGCUUUAAUAAAAGAAGUUACAGAAGGGAAGAAAAAAGGCAAAAAGAAAAAAUCUGCAAAAUCAUCUAAUAUAGAGGAAAAUAUUGAAAAUGUACCUGAUAUAAAUAUUAAAACUAAGAAGAAAACCAAUAAGAAGAAAAAUAAAAAGAAAUUCAAUUCCCUUAUUGUUACAGAUGUUUCUGAGAAUGUUAAUAAGAAGUUAAAUAAAAGCAAUACUUCAAAUGAUUCAUUUCACAGUGUUGCUGGCAGCCCUGUUGUUGAUACCAGUAAGAAAUCUAAUAAUAAAAAUGUUGUAUCUAAUGAAUCACCAAAAUACAAGAAAAAUAAAGAGAAUGUUUUGGAUGAAGAGUUAAAUAUGAACACUUCUGUAGACACGCCAAAUAAGAAAAGAAAACUAACUGUAGAAAUGACAUGUAAGCAGUUAAAUGGUCUUGUAACAAAAAGUGUAAGUAAAGUACUAUUGAGUGAACCGGAUAAAUCACGAAGCAGUGUCGUAAAUGAAGUAGAGAGUAUAGAUAAUAAGACAUUUGAAAAAGACAAUUCACUAUCAAACAGCAGUCUUGAAGUUAGUUCAAAAACAAAUUCAAACAUAAAAGCAAGUUUUGACAAAACUAAUGAUAUAAAUACUACAUUUGAAAUUGACAACAAUAAUAAAUGUAACUCAUCUACUAAAAAACUUAAACUUAGCUCCAAAAUAUCAUCUCUCAAUAGCACAUUUGACAGCAGUUUUAAGGGAGACACAUCAAAAACUUCAAUUAUAAUUGGAAAUGGAUUAGGUUUAAAUGCUACAUUCGACGUGCAAAAUUGUAAUCCAUCAGAUGCCACUAAAACAAAUGAUGACAUUACAUAUAGUGGUUCUAAAAAGAAAAGAAAGUCGAGUAUUAAAAAUUCAACAUAUGAUAAGAUUGAUGAAACACCAGUCAUACUAAAUGCUACAUUUGAAAAGGAAUUAAUAAAAAACUCAUCAAUAACAAAUUCAUUAACAAGAGAUUCGAAAUCAUCGAUACUUUCAUUUGACCAAAAUAAAACUGAAAGUCUAAAUAGUACAUAUGAUAAAAACUGCAAAGCCAAAACGUCCAUAAGUGGCCUUAAUGCGACUUUUGAAAAGCCAUAUAGCCUGGACUCAACAUUUGAUAAAAGUUUAAAGAAAGAUUCCAUAGACCAUUUAAAAAUGCGCCCCAAAGCAAAGUCAUCUUUAUUGAGUUCUGAUGCAACAGAUAAUUCUUCUUUAAAUAUUACUGAUGACAAUUCCCAUGUUAGCAUAAACAGUGACUAUUCGAAAUUAGAAAACAUCGUAAACACUACACCAGUAUUGGUAGAAAGUAGUAUGGAUGAGUCGAAAACUGAUUCAAGUGAAUGUUUUACAGAUUCUGAUAUUAUAAAAAAUACAUCAAGAAGAGAAGAGAUAUUCACAGAGGAAGCUAAAACUUUUCCAUCUAUUAAAGAGGACAUGUUCGCUGAAACGAAAACUAACUCACCUCUGAAGAAAAAUAUAACAUUACCAGAUGGAAUAUCUCCUAAAAAAGCAAGUUUUUCAAACUCUGAAUGUACACCACUCAUUAGCACGAUAACAACACCUAACAAAAAAGUUGGUACAGAGACCAAAUUAGCCACAACACCACUCAAAAGAGAAGGAACAUUCACAAAAGACAGUCCAGAUGUAAUGCCACAUAAAUUGAGCAAAGAGAUAACACCGAGACGGAAAUCACUACCAUCUCCAGGCUACACACCCUAUCCCGGUCCCAAAAGCUCAUUGAAGGAGAAAAGUGUUUUAAACAUAACUCGGUCAAUUGAAAAGUCAAGAAGAUCAUCAAUCGCUGAAGCAGCACCGAGAUUGACCCGAGUGAUGUUCUGCAGUCCUGUAAAUAAUCCAGCUGUGGUUACGCAAAUGAAAGGGAAAAUAAUUAAAUCAAAUUUGAAGGGAUCAAACAAAAGCUUUGUUUUUGAUGAUAGUGUGUCGGAGUCCUCCCGGCCGGCUCGCAAGCGCUCGUACACGCAGAGCGAGGCCGAGCGCGCCACGCCGACCCGCGUGCGCACCGCCAGCGCCGCCGGUCGGCUGCAAGAGGCGCCCGCCCGCCGCACCAGGCUGCCCAACUUCGCGGCGCUGCACCAGAAGCAGUUCGAGCGCAUGGAGUCGCUGGACGAGUGGCAGCGCCGCCGCUCGCAGCGCGCGCGCCUGCUGCACACGCCGCCCGCGCUCGCCGGCGCGCCCGAAACUCAAAAAAAUGCGUCACAACCAGAUACAUCGACUAAGAAAGUUGAAACGCCGAAAACAAAGCAACCGAGCGCGGUUCCAGGGUUCACCAAGUUCGGCUUCAAACUAAACCUCGACGUCAAUCCCUUCAGCUUUCCAUCGAAGAACACCGAAGUGAAGCCAAAGGAAAAGAAACCUGUGAUCCUCAAGAGGCAGGCCACGCUGCCCUCCCUCGCCGGAGCCACCGCCCUGCGGAGGGAGAUCGCUAAACAAACCAUCAUGAGGGAAAAAUCUUUAGCGGAGAAGAAAAAUGUUCACAGAAAUGAGACUAGAACGGUCAUUAAGGGCGUACGGACGAACAGACGGUUCGAAUUGCAAAUGAAAAUGAGGAAUAUUAACAAUUGAUUGUUGUUGUCGAUGCUGUUCUUUUAUUGAUAUUGUUUAAUAAAAUAGUGCUUACUAAUUAUCGAUCGAGUAUCGGUUCAUAUACUUUUAAGCACGUCUCUAUUUACACGCUUUGGGUGCGUGUGAAGGUAGCAUUUUAUAAUUUUUUAACCAACUUUCUGAUUAGUUACGAGACUUGAAAAUUUAAUUAUAGCUCAGGAUUGGAAGACAGUAAAA